UUUUACAACUGAGCCAAAUUGAGGGGCCUUGAUCAGGGGCCCAGCGGUGGCAGAUUGGUGAGGCUGGGAUGCGAACCCAUGACCUUCUGAUCAAUCGUCAAACACUUUAAACACUAGUCUACAACAUCCUCCCACAUAGUAGUAGAAAGCGUAGUAGAAAGCAUGCAAACCUGCCAUUUUGAACAAAGUCAGGAUCACGUUAGUUUGUUACUUGGUUACGGAUCUCAGGGCGCUGAUUGGACGACACUGACCAGUUCACCUCGGGUCCUUAGACUUGCCUUGCAAUAUGUAAACAACAUUCAGCUGCCUCAUUGAAGCACAUAGCAAGUUAACCCACAGCCAAGUGCACUACUCGUAACUCUGGUUGACCUCGCAGCCAUAGCGAAACGAAGAUUGGGAUAAACCCGGCGGUUAUGAGGCGCGAGCCGCAGCCGGUCGAACGGUAGCGCUUGCUAGCUAAAGCUAGCUUUAGCAAACCUGCCACCGUUAGCCACCGUGCGAGUGUUCCGGAAAUAAUGGAGUUUAUCGGGAGCCAGGCUCCAUCCGGGACGGUGUUGGAGUUAGACGUGGACGGGAGAGAGCCAGGGAUGCACACCUUCAAUCACAUGCAUAUGAGGAAAGCAUUUAGGGUCAUGAACGACCUGAGAAGCAGGAAGAUGCUUUGUGAUGUGCUGCUGGUAGCUGCUGAAGAGGAGAUUCCUGCCCAUAAAUUGGUGCUGGCUUCCUGUAGUCCCUACUUCUGUGCUAUGUUUACAGGAGAAAUGAGUGAAAGUAAGGCCUCAUGUGUUGAGAUAAGGGACGUGGAUGGACAGACACUCAGGAAACUGGUGGACUAUAUUUAUACAGCAGAGAUCGAAGUAACAGAGGACAACGUGCAGGUGCUGCUGCCGGCAGCCAGCUUACUGCAGCUAAUGGAGGUUAGACAAGUGUGUUGUGAGUUCCUGCAGGCCCAGCUCCAUCCCACCAACUGCCUGGGCAUCCGUGCCUUCGCUGACCUGCACACCUGCACUGAGUUGUUCAGCCAGUCUCAUGCCUACGCGGAGCAGCAUUUUAGCGAGGUCAUGCUGGGAGAAGAGUUCAUGAGUCUUUCCCUGCAACAGGUGUGCAGUCUUAUCUCCAGUGACAAGCUGACCGUAUCCACUGAAGAGAAGGUGUUUGAAGCCAUGAUAACAUGGAUAAAGCACGAUAAGGAAGCACGCUUAGAGCACAUGCCAAAGCUCAUGGAGCAUGUUCGCCUGCCAUUGUUAUCUAGAGAUUACUUGGUUCAGAUUGUAGAGGAGGAGCCCUUGAUAAAAAACAACAACACAUGUAAGGAUUUCCUAAUCGAAGCCAUGAAGUAUCACCUGUUACCUGCAGACCAGCGGCACCUGAUAAAGACAGACAGGACUCGGCCGCGGACGCCUGUCAGCCUGCCUAAGGUGAUGAUAGUGGUUGGUGGUCAGGCCCCUAAAGCUAUACGCAGCGUUGAGUGCUAUGAUCUCCAGGAGGAUCGCUGGUACCAGGUGGCUGAUCUGCCGUCAAGACGCUGCCGAGCAGGGGUAGUGUUUAUGGCUGGUAAAGUUUUUGCAGUGGGAGGCUUUAAUGGUUCUCUGCGUGUGAGGACCGUGGACGUGUACGAUGGUAUGAGGGAUCAGUGGAGUUCUAUUCCAAGCAUGCAGGAGCGUCGCAGCACACUGGGAGCCGCCGUGCUGGGGGACCUUCUCUAUGCUGUUGGGGGUUUUGAUGGCAGUACAGGUUUGGCCUCAGUGGAAGCGUACAACCCCAAGACUAAUGACUGGGCUUUUGUGGCUCCUAUGAACACCAGGAGAAGCAGUGUAGGGGUGGGAGUGGUGGAUGGUAAACUGUAUGCAGUAGGUGGUUAUGAUGGUGCAUCUCGUCAGUGUCUCAGCACUGUAGAAGAGUACGAUCCAGUAACUAACAAAUGGGACUACGUGGCUGACAUGAGCACCAGACGGAGCGGAGCAGGUGUAGGUGUGCUGAAUGGGCAGCUGUAUGCAGCAGGGGGACACGAUGGUCCACUUGUGAGGAAAAGUGUAGAGGUGUUUGACCCAGCCACUAACACCUGGAAGCAGGUGUGUGAUAUGAACAUGUGCAGGAGGAAUGCAGGAGUGUGUGCUAUAAACGGUCUGCUGUAUGUUAUCGGCGGGGAUGACGGCUCGUGUAACUUGUCCUCUGUGGAGUUCUACAACCCUGCUACAGACAAGUGGAGUCUGAUUCCCACCAAUAUGAGCAAUGGUCGCAGCUACGCAGGUGUGUCUGUUAUUGACAAGCUGUUAUGACAGAGCUACAGUGAGCAGGACCUCGCUGAUUAAAGUGAAGGGCCGAGGUAGACAUAUCGUCAUUUAAAGCUCUGAGGGAGGAGAAUCUCUCUGCCCUGGUCACACUGAGCCUGUGUUCACCACGAUGGUGUGUAAAUCAUGCCAGAUUGACCGCUAAAAUGCCCUCACAUGCUCUCGACAUGUCCCCUCUGUUUCUACUGAUUAUCAGAGGUCACAGCAAUCAUCAGCAAAAAGGCCUGACUGGAGCAAGCAGGGUUUAAAGGGCAGGCAAAAUGAAGUGAAGCGGACAUUCAGCCCGGCAUGCAGAUCUGAGCCUGUGGUCCGUCUGGUACUGACUACAGGUACAGAGAACCAUUUCUCUGCUCUACUACUGAUUCAUAAAACACUGUACAGACAUUUCAGGCAUCCUGCAAAUUCCAAGGAUGAAAUGGGUGUGUUCUCUACAGCCUAGCUAUGAUGUACUGUAUCUCCUCCAUCACAGCCACAACACUACUUCAAGCUGAAACCGUUUUCACCCCCGAAUAUCAUCAGUUCAACUUGGAGCAGGACAAAGUGUUAUUCUGGUUAUGUUCUCAAACAUAUUUUAAUGUUCUUUAAUCCAUUCCUUCAACCUAACAAGGUUUAUCAUGGAAUAGAUGUACUGUAGAAGCAACUCUACCAAGCAACUAAUCAGUGUGGUUGUAGCCAGCUGCUUUUGUGCCACAGUGAUUUUAAUAUUUUGCACAUCUGUGUUUGGGCACAGAGGAACAGUUCAUCAACACUGUAAGGAAAUGUGCCAAAUCAUAUCAGUAGUCUGCAAAACUCACUUUUAUCAGGCAAACCAGCCUGAGUAUACACUACGGAUUCUGCCAGUUUAUUAGGUGAUGAGAUAACUAUCAUAUAGACCAGGUAUGGAGACAUUCAGUAGAAUACCAGAGGCUUAUACAGUAUUAUUUUAAUGUGAAGUCACUAUUAAAAAGGUCGCAGAUAGAAAUGAUACCCACCAUGUACUGGUUGUUAGGUGUGGUGGUAAACACUGACAGUGAUGAAGGGCCUAGAGAGUGAUGAACAUCCUGCACUAGGGUCAGUAGCCGUAACUAUGGAGCUGGAAAGCCAUCUAGACAGUAGGGUGACCUGAUAAAAUGGAGUAGAACUAUAGGAAUUGUUCACCUAAUAGACAAAACUGGCCACUCUGCAAGUUUUAGACUCCUAUGUAACUCUAGGGUUUGUUUCAGGCUGAUGGAUCACUGAUCCUCUGUAAACAGAUGGACUGAACAGCACUCUGGCUCCAGUGAUCAUGAUAUUGUACUGGAGGUAGAUUUAACAGCCUGGAUACAUAUCAGAGGCAAUAUAAGGUUCAUGUGUGUACAGAACUUAGUACUUAACACUAUCGCAAGCACAAUUUGAAAUAAUUUCAAGUAUUAUUUUUACCUGUUAAUCUUGAUGUCGGAUGGUUCACCGUUUUUCUAACGGAUGUAUUUUAUAGGAAGAGGACAGUGGGGGUUUAAAUACAAGAGCAGAUGUUUGUUGUGCUUAAUGAAUAGGAAAAGACUUUUAUUCAGGUUUAGAGCCACCGUUCCAGUGCAAUUACACAAGCAGUGGUUUAUUAUAUUUGUCAUGAAUGAGACAUUGCAGAGGUGGUCGAGUCAUUCUCAGCAUUGUUUAUCAUAAACUCAGCAAUUCUAACAGAAACAGUAUUAAGUCCUGUGUGACUAUGGGGUCAAAGGUGCACUUGGUAUUUGAAAAUAAGAAUUUUUAGAAACUCAUAGUUAUUAUAAUGAGUUUCAAAUGAGCUAAGAAACUGAAUCUGAAUUCAGACUGAAUUGCAAUAACUGAUGCAAUAUUGCCAUGCAGUAGAUCUCUGGACUUUUGUUCAGUCACUUGGAGAAGUGGAAAUUCUGUCACUUUUCACCGCAAUUGCAGUUUGCCUUACAGGCAGCAGAGGGUGCUUUAGGUCAUGUUACAAACUGCCCCUUUAAUACGGUUAGGAAAGUGUCAUGUUAUUCGAACACGUUCUGCGUGUGUCAGAAGUGAUGGUAACCUUCAUAUGGGGUUAAUGCAGUUUGUAUCAGUCUCUGUAUUAGCUGAAGCUCUGCAGUUGUGUAAACGAUGUUAUAGUGUGUAAUCUGCUGUUCGGUCAUGUGGUCGUACUCCAAGGCUUCCUUCUAAAGCAGUGUUUCUUUAAAUGAACAUUUUCUGUAAGUAUAGAAUCAUUUAAUCACUUGUAUAUCAAAUAAGUGUCAUGAAUAGCUUUGACCACUGGGAGGCUGCAGUCAUUUUAGCAGCAAAAGAAGAAAAUCUAAAGCAAUAUUUCCAGGUAUGCAGUUUUUUAUUAUUAUUAUUAUUUUUAACUGCUGCUGCAGGUUGAUUUAUUGUAUUUUUGGUUUCUGAUGUUAGGUUUGGAUAUUUUCCAUCUACAAGAUUCAUUCUGUCUACUUAUUCCACAGCACUGAACUGAAAAUAGGUUUAAAAUAAUGGUUUAUAAUAAUGCACACACUUUUAAUAAAUGAUCAUUUCUAUGGUAACAACAAACAGUAAUUUAUGAUGGAGGCUACAAGAAAAAUCGAUUUAAAACCAUGUGUAAAUGUUGUGUGUUUUCUGACACAGAGGACUUUAGUUUCUCUGCAAGCUAUUUUUUUAACCUGAUAAGAGUAAAAAAAAAAAGAGAAAUAAACCAAUAGGGAAAUAAUAAUAUAAUAUGGUAGAAAAUAAAUAUUUUGGGGUGAUAAGUGUUACACCACCUGGUCAUCGAUUGUUGUCCUUUGACAGCAUGCGUUUUAUUACUGGGUUUUAUUUCUUAUGUAAUAGAACAUAUUAAAAUUCACAAGCGAUCCUAAAAUCUGCAGAAAUCCAUGCUGCCGUGGAAACGGCCCACUCACUAUAAACAUCUCAGCCUGCACCAGAAACAGUGAGAGGUUUGCUCUUGUGUACUUUUUUUAAAUUCUCAACAUGAGCGUUGUACAUUACUACCUGAAUGUGUCGGUGAAUGCAAUAAGAACAGAUUGUAGGACUGUCAAAAAAUGAACUGUCUGUUGUGUUACACUAAAAUUUACGAGGGGUUGUGAAUUUUUAUUUAUUUCUUUUUUUUAACUUGGUAAUUAAGGACAGUUUAUCAAGUCAAUUACAGUUUAGAGUUUGUUUAAAAAAAAAAAAAAAAAAAGGUUUGUCAUGCCAAACUUGUGACAUUACAUGAGCAGGUAGAGUGAAUAUGACGUGAAACUCUAUAAGGGUUUAUGCAUAAAAAUAAAAAUAAUUAAAAAAACCUUUCUGAUCAAAAAUUUCUAUGAUGCAAGUCAUCAGUACUGAUGCAUUUUUAUUCGUGUAGUUAAAAUGCUUUUGGUUCUAAUGUCCAAAAAAAUAUACAUUUAGUAAAAUACAGUUAUUGUUAAACUUGCAACUUAAUUUUUACUGCAUAAAACAUGUAGGUGACGUGUCAUUGGGUGUCAGUGGAAGCCUAGAACCACACAUGUCGAGAACCAGAGACAAAACACUUUGCUAUGCCUCUUCCACUGUUGCUGCUAUUCACAUUUAUACUUAUACAAACCUUAUUUAUUUCUGGAAGGCUGGUAAGAAUUAUUUCCUGUAACCUUUUUUAACAAGAAUUUCUUACAAGCAGAAUAUAAAAAAUGGAAAAGCAUGUUUCCUUUUUAGACAUGAAAGAGUCUCAAGCCAUUUAUUUCAAAUGCACACGUUGGAUGCAGACGUCCUUUCAUUCCACAGAUAAAGACCUUGAUGCGUCGUUAUUGCUUCUUUUUCAUGGCACAAAAAUAGAAAUACAAACAUCUGCCAUGCAAACUCACUGACGUGUUUUUUUUUUUCUUUUUUUUUUUUUU